AUGCACGCCCCUCUGAACGGACGGGAGAAUCGAAAGCACCUGGGUAUCUCCAUCAAUGACGCCACUGUCGUCGGUCCCGCCACGAAUCCUCCUAUCGCCAUUGCUACAGCUUCGCACGCCGACUCUGCACGAUGCAAAGGCAAAGCUCCCGCAGUCCCUCCCUCCUCGCAAACUUCUGUCGUCAAUGUGUACCCCUCCGAUAUCGGACAUCCCGCGAAUGUGGGUCUCGGAGGUCCUCUGCAGUUGGUCCCGUUCGACCUUACGAUCUGCCACCGCUAUCCCAACUCUUUCACAAUCAACCCAUACAGUGAUGUAUACCGACCUUUGAUGGGUUCAUUCUGGACCAAACGUUAUCCCAAGAUCCCAAACGAAUGUGAAUUCCAAAUCAACCACAUUGUCCCUUAUCUCCGUGAAUUCUAUGUUUAUCCCAAGGCUGUUGCAUACCCUACUACCUGGAGUUCGAACGUGAACUUCCACGAGACUCUUUUCUAUCUGCCCUCGGAAGAAGGGUUUGUGAAUCUGCCGCCUGUCCGAAGUAUAAGGGAUCAUGACACCGAAUUGAAAGUGAGGAGUCUCACUUGUGCCCCGGAACUGGUCGCUGAUCAGCUUCUAUGUACAGCGUCUGAUGCGUUCAUCCCAGAAUGCAUCCCUGCUCUCGGAAAAGCUUGGCGGCAUAAAGCCAGAUGUCGCUUUAAAACGGGAUAUCACAUUGGAGAUCUUGCGGAAGGAACGUAUCAAAAAGAGCCCGCGGGCGGCAGAGAAUUGGAUGAUGACGACGACCCCCAAAAAGUCCUCUACGCUCUCAUCAAGGACUCGUGGUUACCUUGGCCAGAAGCAAGAAAUGUCGAUCUACAAGAGAAAAUCAAUCUACAUCUCAAAGGCCUCCAAUUCGCAAACAUGGAGGCUAUCACUCAGACAAUCUACUACAGCGAACUUGUUUUUACCCUUUCAAAGUGUCGUUCGGCCAUCGCAUUGGCCAACGGGGAUUACACUCGUAUCCUGAACCUGUCUGAUCUGGGCGUGACUCUGGGAGAAGGCGGUGAUGGGAGAAUCUUGGUCGAAGCCGAUCCAGCUCUUGUUGCCAAGUUGAGGUACCACAGAUACCAUUGCCUGUCUGCAGAGCAAUUUGGCGCCCUUGCGGCAGAAGAUACUUUGUUCGGUAUCCAGUGGAAAGUACCGAAUUCCCUCAUCGCAAAUUACAAGGAUCGGAGCUUGAAUCAAGAGGCUAAGAAACGCCUCGAUGCCACUAUAUAUCUGAACCUUGCUCUUGCUACUCAUCAUCCAACUGUCCCAGGUCCCCACAUCAGCAACCAUUCCCUUACUAACGUCAUUGACGCGGACGCCUCCGCGAAAGUGGCAUAUCAGUGUGACGAUGUCAGCAAGAAGAUGAAAGCACGCCGCCCGUCGAGACAGACAUCGACGGAUUCGGCAGUCUCUGACACUCAUGAUCAGGAUGUCAGUAAAAUACAGAAAAGGGCCCAUAUCUCUGGACUGACAGAGCACAUGCCGUACACUCCUGAAUCAAUGGUCACAACUUCACCUCCCACUCCUUCUCUCCUCAUACCCUCGCCGUCUUCCUUUUUAACAAUAUCCUCACGAUUCGAAACUGAACUUCCAGUCAGUGUAGAGGAGUGGUGUUUGUCUGUCAAACAGGAGGCUUGUACCAAUCGUACAUUCAUCGAUUCGGCCAUCCCUCCCAAUCCUCUCUCUUUCACCACUGCCGGGCAAGUCCUUCCCCUCGAACACUGGACUCACGGAGAUUACAUCGACUGCUUCUCCAGGUAUGGCCUCACCUUCGUGCUGGCUACGCCCAUGGAGGUAGAUGUGUUGCUCGCGCGGACGGUCAGAUUUGGCUGGGCUGGGGCGCUGGGAAGAAGGUAG